GCUCAGUUGAAUAUCAAGACAAUACACUCUUCAGGAAAAACAAAACGAUGUUGAUUUCAACGAUAGUUACGGUUUCCUUGCUCAGCGCACUGGCUACCGCUCAGCCACCGCAAGUUGGCGGUGGUGAUGGUGGGCCACCUCCGGGUGAGGGUGGGAUGGGUGGGAUGGGUGGGGGUGAUUCUACAUCGGUGAGCUCGACACAGUGUACAACUCCGGAUGGUGAAGUUUGUAGUCAAGAUGGUAGUAGCAACGAGUUUUAUGGUACCUUUGCAUAUGAUGAAGAGACUGGCCUUCACAGUGGCACUGUUGUUUUCAAUCAAUGUCCCAACAGUGACCCGAGUGGUCGUGUGGACGAUGGUUUCGACUACAAUAUCUCUGCUUCAAGUGACUGUCAGGAAAUGACAUUCCCCGUUGAUGGAUACAACACCACAGGUCCAUGGGCUGCCCCUUUGAGAAAUCGACUCGGCAUCAGCUUGCACGGUGUGAAUAUCUAUGGCCCAUUUGAGGCUGGUUUUGUCGAAGGAUUCAUCUGCAAUGGAACAUGCGACGGUGGAGUUGAUGUGCCUGCCUGUGACUUGACCCUUGAAUUCCAAUGUGGCAUUGAGAAUGUCAAUAAGGAAUAUCUACUAGAUCCGUGCGGUGGACAUGCCCUGCCAUACCAUUAUCAUGCCGAUCUCAGCUGUGAGUACGAUCAGAACACAUUGGGACAUUCCGCUUUGAUUGGUGUUGCUUUGGAUGGCCGUGGUAUAUAUGGGCUAAAUGAAGACAAUGUAGAUGGCGAGGCUGUGCAACCGACUGAUCUUGACUUCUGCGGUGGUCACUAUGGAGCAGUGGAGGAGGAUGGCCCUGAGGUAUACCAUUACCAUACACAGACCACGGCGCCGUAUACAGUGGGCUGUUUCGGCCCAGUCGUGGAUGUAGAAGAGUGCAGGGCAUUGUACCCAGAUAAUUGUGGCGUCGAUUAUUUGAUUCUUGAGACAGAGGCUGGCAGUACAUGUUAUGACACAGAUUGCCCAUGUUUCUUCGCUGAUGGCACUAACUCUGAUUACACGGUGGAAAACUGCCCAGUCUAAUCUGUCAAUUAUAAGCAGAUACCAGAUGUAUUGUCACAAUACUCACUACGUGAAGAAUCGCUUUCGACUUUAAUGUGUUUUCAAUUAAAACACAAACUAAAAUAAUCUGAAUCUGAUUGACGUUUUUCUUUAGCAUUGUCUGGUAACUCUUUGCCUUGAUAAUAGGGCAUAAUAUGAACAUUUCUCAUCAAUGUUGGAGAUUUUUCUCCCCAAUGGCACCAAUACUGAAUACGCAAACACCCCACCUGCCCAAUCUAGCUUGUUAGCUAGAAAUAUGAACCAGAUGAAAUGAUAUUAUCACCCACUACGUUGAGUUUCAGCUAGAAAUACGAACCAGAUAAAAUGAUAUAAUCACCCACUUCGUCGAGUUUCAGCUAGAAAUACGAACCAGAUGAAAUGUUAAUCACCCACUUCGUUGAGUUAGAUAAUUUGGAUUUCGACCAUUCGGUACGUACAGAAAAGAAUAAAUAUCAAAUUCCGAAUCCACAUUAUAGUUGAUUUUGGAUACAGUGCAAUAUUGUUUUAAAUAGAUGUAAAAUAAAGUUUAGCUGUGGCAACAUAGUGUAUACUUGGGAGGGAAUUUAUGAUGAUAUUUGGCACCUUGGCAUCAUCACAUUAGUCUCGUUGUGAACAUCGUCUCUAGAUACAUGAAUGAUAGAGAAGCUAAAGGGUUCAAUC